GUUUAUGAAGGAGCGUGGUGAUGGUGGUUAAGCUGGGCUUGUAAACCAGUCGUAUUCAAAGUUAAGUUCGCUUUUUUUAUUUAACCGAGUCGAUUCACUAAAUCUGCAGUUGUUGGUAGUGGUAGUACUACAAGUUGGUAUUGGCUGCUGCUGAUGUGAUGAUACCCGACCGAUGGGGCUUUAUAUUAUUUGCAACAUGAUGAUAUAACUCUAAAGGACGCUUACUUGCUGCUCUGAUCCUCAUGCUAAUGUUGUUGACUGGUUAAGUGGGGGAGAGAUAGCGAAAGAAGAACCAGUCUGUUCAGUGGAUAUGUGCCAGUUAAUACUUACUUAGUUAACAUUUAAGCAACAGGGUGAACAUAAUUUCAUCUCCACCUCGACUAUCUUACGUAUUAUAUUCCAUGAGUUAUAAUAAUAAUAGUCUGCUAUACAGCGCCAGUCGUCGUCGUCGUCGUCGUCGUCGCAGUGAUUCUGAUUAUACAAAUUUUGCUCGGGUUUAAUAUUGGUCGUGUCCAAGUGCCCAAUCCAAUAAAGAUUUAGUUACUCCACUUUAUUACAAUAAAAGUCAAUAUUAUGAGCAAAUAAUAAAUAUAAUACAUCAUAAAACGGCUAAUAAAAUCUAGUUUCAUUGCCACUACCACUAGUAUCCACCACUCUUCGAGUAAACAGUUGGACGCAAAAUGCGUUGAUUUCUCGUGGGGAGAGCUACUCACUCAACGCAAGCAAUGUGCACUACUAAACCGAGGCUAUUAUUCUGACUGAUAUUUAUUUAAUUGUUGCGAGGGCGAGGCUCACCGUCGAUUUGUUUAUUACCCGAUUUGUUGUGAAAAACGUACAAUACAAUUUUGUAACAAGAAAUAAAUAAGCGUCAUUAAAUUCAACAUCAAUUAAUUAAAGAGUUUUGUUCUUUCGAACGCCUAUGUACCUGUUGCCAACUUUGUUUGGGUGAAGAUUUUGCAUGACGGGGAGAUAUUGCAUGUAUUAAAAGUGUGUUUAGUGAAAGAGAAUCAGAUUUGGAUGUAUCUCUUGGUUGAACAACGCGUCGAAACCGUAUCGUCGUGAUCUAUUUUCAACUCGGAUUUUGAUGAGUUGUGUUUGUUUAACAUUGCGAAGCGAUCUUCUAUCUUCUGCUGGACCUGGUUUUGGUUGGGCAUGAGGUUGAGCGAGUGAGUGAGAGAACGAGAGCAUGUUUGACGUGAUAAAAUAUACGUCUGUCUGUCUCAUCACCUCUAAAAAGAAGAUAAGCUAAAUAAGUCACUGUUGGACGAAGCAUUGGCGUCAUCUCUUUAGUUUUGAAAGUUCUGUCUAAAACACCAGGUCGUUCAAUGAAGUGAGACUGACGACAGAGAGUCUAUCGUAGCCAAGAAGCUAUUAUACGGCGACUUUUAAACGAAUGUGUAUGGAUUAUGUGUGUUGACCGUGUUCGUGGAUAAGUUUUAUGUGGAGCCAUUUGAAUGUAUAUGCAAAUAUAAAGUGAUUCCCUUGCCCUAAAAUUAUUCGAAAUUUCUACCCAACGUAAAUCUAAAGUCCUUGUUCCGGAGGGUUGUGAAGGGUCCGAAAAAGGUGCUCAAGCGGUGCAAACUAAGAGGAGGAGAAAAAUGUCGGGCCCAGACAGACAGAAGCAGUUGCUCGAAGAGCUCCAACAAGAAGUCACAUUUAGGGACAAGAUCAUCAGAAAGUUGGAGCUUCGCAUUUUGGAGAAAGAAGAAGAAAUUCUUCAACUCCGCUCCGAUCUUGACAAGUACCAGUCCAUCAUUAAAUCUGGGGGAACGAAAAAACCCUCCGUGGUUGUAGUGAGCAAGCAAAGGAUUCGAGGUCAAGGUAUUUCUGCGGAGCCAAUUCCAGACCAAAGUGUCCAAAGUCAGGAACUACCCAAUUUCCCAAAAUCUGACAGGUCAAAAGAGUUGAUAAAAUCCGGAAUCUUAGACAAUGACUUUUUGAGGCAUCUCGAUCCACAGCGAGUGAAGGAGAUUGUGGAUUGCAUGUACCCUGAGGAAUAUGAAGAAAAUGCCGUCGUAAUAAGAGAAGGAAAUCCUGGCAGUACACUCUAUGUUAUGGAAGAUGGUCGAGUGGAAGUUUCCAGAGAGGGAAAAUACCUGUCAACUAUUUCCCCUGGGAAAGUCUUUGGAGAACUAGCAAUCCUGUACAAUUGUCAACGAACUGCCACCAUUAAAGCUGCUACACAAUGCAAACUUUGGGCAAUAAAGAGAACCAUAUUUCAGACCAUCAUGAUGAAGAGUGGCUUGAUGAAAACGGCUGAGUACAUCGACUUCCUCAAAUCCGUCCCAAUUUUCAAGAAAUUAACGGACGAGGGACUCAACAAGCUCAGUGACUGCAUCGAAGAGGUUGAGUAUGGGAACGGCGAGUACAUUGUGCGACAAGGGGCUCGCGGAGAGACAUUUUUCAUUAUUUCUCGAGGAAGGGUGAAAGUGACCAUGAAAUCUGUGGACGAAGCUGGAAAUCCGACCGAGGAAAAAUUUGUGAGAACCCUUCAUCGCGGAGAUUUCUUUGGAGAAAAGGCCUUGCAAGGGGAUGAUUUGAGGACUGCCAACAUUAUUGUGGACGAUGAGGACGGAGCUACCUGCCUUGUGAUAGAUAAAGAGUCCUUUAACUUAUUAAUAAACCCAUUAGACGAAGUGCGAACGCGAUAUGACGAUGCAGAAAAGUAUAGGAAAAAAUUGGAUGCAGAAUUUGGUUCGGUACAAAUUAAGGAUUUAAGAGUCAUUACCACGCUGGGAGUUGGAGGGUUUGGUCGCGUCGAACUUGUCUCUAUGGCCGGAGAUCAAAUCCGGUCAUUUGCAUUGAAGCAGAUGAAAAAGAGUCAGAUUGUAGCAACCAGGCAGCAAGAGCACAUAAAGUCAGAGAAAGAAAUUAUGUACGAAUCAAACUGUGACUUUAUUUGCAAGCUGUAUAAAACUUACAAAGAUGCAAAGUACUUGUACAUGCUGAUGGAAGUUUGUCUUGGUGGAGAGUUAUGGACGAUUUUGAGAGACAAGACUCAAUUUGACGAUCACACCACAAGAUUUUACACGGCGUGUGUACUUGAAGCGUUUCAUUACCUCCAUAGUCGAAAUAUUAUUUAUCGUGAUUUAAAACCUGAAAAUUUACUAUUAGACAACAAUGGCUAUGUGAAAUUAGUUGACUUUGGGUUCGCAAAAAAAUUACAAGGAAGGAAAACGUGGACGUUUUGUGGUACUCCUGAAUAUGUCGCCCCUGAAAUUAUAUUGAACAAGGGUCACGAUAUAGGUUGUGAUUUCUGGUCCCUUGGUGUAUUAAUGUUCGAGUUACUAACUGGAACCCCGCCUUUCACCGGUGGCGAUCCUAUGAAGACGUACAAUAUUAUCCUGAAAGGUAUCGAAGCCGUCGAAUUCCCUCGCACGGUGAGUCGAAAUGCUGCAAACCUGAUCAAGAAACUGUGUCGUGACAACCCUGCGGAACGGCUCGGUUAUCAAAGAGGAGGGAUUCCAGAUGUUCAGAAGCACAAGUGGUUCGAUGGCUUCAACUGGGAAGGCCUCCGACUAAAAACACUCACUCCUCCCAUUAUUCCUGAAAUCAGAGGGCCACAGGACUGCGGAAACUUUGACGAAUAUCCACCUGAUCCUGAUGGACCUCCACCAGAUGACUUGUCUGGCUGGGACGCCGACUUUUAAGGCCGACUUUUAGGCUAAAACUUUUUAUUAGUGCAAGACUUUUAUUUAGCAAUGUUUUGUAGAAGUUUAUUUUAUUUUGCAGAGGAGUCACUUACUUGCAUUCGUAGUUUAUUUAUAGUUAAAUGCAAUUUAAGUUUAUUGAAAAUUCCAGUGACACGAGCUACAUAUAAAUCAAUUAUAAACAUUAUCAUAAAAAUUAUCCUUGUGUAUUCAUAUAUGUAGAAGAGAACUAUAAGGAACCGAUAUUUCCUGUAAUAUUCGUACUAUUCAUACAACUUAUAAUAGUUUGUCGCUUUCUUUCACUUUCACGUGCAUCAAUUAACAGAAGAAUACCUGGAACAAAGUGCUUCAUGAUGAUGUCUUCCUUCAUUGUCGACGUUUUUCACCGUGUAUUAAUUAAUGCAAAUUGGGUGUGUCAAUAAAGGUCUCAAUGUGAUUUAUCUUGUGCCUAUGUAUAGAAAUAUAUGUAGACUUUACGACUAAAAAAACUUUGUCGACCUAGCCUAUCAAUCAAUUAAAUGAAACUGUUAUCAAAACGA